GUGCGGUAUUGAUAAUGAGAAGUCGCCAUCAAGAAUGAAGUUACUGCUUGUAGGAGCGAUUGCCGUGCUGAGCGUAGCCUCAUUGGUCUCAGCGAACUAUAUGAUGCCGAUGUAUUAUGGUAAACAAUACGGCGUCGGCGGUUACGGCGGUGGUUUCGGCGGUGGUUUCGGCGGCGGUGGGAGUAGUUUUGGUUUCGGAGGCUCGGGUGGUGGAUUUGGCGGUCUUUUUGAAAUGAUCAUCUUCUUAUUUGUAUUCAUCCUGCUUAUCCAAGUCUUGUUUAGCGGUGGAGGACUCGGUGGAGGACUUGGCGGUGGAGGAAUUAGUGGUGGAGGCGGUGGGGCCGCCUAUUAAAUUCUCAAACGCUUGCAGAAGCCAGAUUAGAUAACUACAAACGAAUACCGACUACCGAGAUUGCUGGACAACGUGAAUACUGACAGUAGUUUUAACGUCUGUUUUUACUUACUGUUGCCAUUUUCAUUUAAUAAAUAUCAACCGUAGCAACUACAA